AUGAAGCAGGCGAAUCCACUUUCUUCCAGCGAUAAGUUAAACACAACUGAAGAAUUCUUAAUAGACCUAACGAACAUUAUCUAUCUAUCUAUCUAUCUAUCUAUCUAUCUAUCUAUCUAUCGACAUUGCAUAUAUUUAUCUCAGAAAACCUAUCUUUCUAGCUAUUCAAAUUAUGGAGCAAGGAAUACUUUCUAUAAAGCAUUUUUUUUAUUUUUUCUCUUCUUCUCUUUCUCUAUUUUACAGCAAUCUGUAUGUGCUGAAAUGGCAGAUGAACUACGCUUCGCUGUUCGCUGUCACGGCUCACAGAAACCACGUUUUAAGAGACAUUGUUCUAAGUGCAAAUCCACUAGAGCGCAUAACCCAACAGCUCACUCGGAGACACAUGUUGAGUCUCCGAAUGGCGUCAUUCAACUUCGGGAGGUACGGAAAUCCCCGAGGGCUACCGGGACGACUCGGGAUUUUGAAUACGAUUAUAAACCGGAUUAUAAACAGGAGUUUAGCGGUGAUUAUCUACACGUAGACUACAGUGAUCCUGAAUCUUAA